GUUGGCAAGGUUGCACCAGAAGAGUUUCACGCUACUUUGGAGAGGAUUAACUCCAUCCUGUACAAGAGUAUUCCUUUUAAUUUGAAGUGUCUUAUUUGCGGCUGCUUGUGUUGCUGCUGUACCUUAGGAAUAUCCUUAGGACCUGUACUGUAUCUCAGCAAACGAACCAAGACGAGGUUAGAGAAGGUCAUCUCCCAGGAGAACUGGAGGCUGUACAAUAAGCUGGGGCUUAACAUUAAACUGCAGAAGGAGUUCUGUGAUGGAAACAACCUCAGAGAAUAUGUUAUAUACAUUGAAUUUUUACCAAAGCAACCACUGUAUUAUCCUGACUAAAGAACAUAAUUAUUUUUACAAUAAUCAGAAGAGUAAUGACUAAACUGUAGCAUUAUAUUGUGUAUAGGUUAUGCAUAAUAUUGAAAAAAGCUAUUAAAAAUCAUAA